AUGCGUCUUUCGAGGAAGUUUAUGUGCAUGUGUGUGUUUGAGGAAUAUCUCAAUUAUGAGGAGGGAAAAUUCAGCAAAAGUAGAAACGUGGGAGUCUUCGGAAACAACGCCCGGGACAGUGGGAUCCCUGCUGACGUCUUCCGCUUCUACCUCCUCUUUGUGAGACCCGAGUCGCAAGACUCCACCUUCUCGUGGGUGGACUUCGCGAUAAAGAGCAACACGGAGCUCCUGAACAAUCUCGGCAACUUCAUCAACCGAGCGUUGAGUUUUUGUUUUAACAGUUUUAAAGCUGAAGUGCAAGAGAUUUCUUCACUUGAAAAGGAGGACGAGGAUGUUAUUGACAACGUGAACAAAGAGUUGCAGAGCUACAUUGAAUGCAUGGAGAAAGUCAGGAUCCGAGAUGCUCUGUCGAAAAUUCUGAAUGUUUCAAGAUGGGGCAAUGGGUAUAUUCAGAGUACACAGCCAUGGGUACUCAACAAAUCAUCAGAACCCGAAAACAAAGCGAGAGCAGGUGCCAUAAACGCGAUUUGUGUCAACAUCGUUCACAUCUGUGCUCAGAUGUUGGAACCUUUUAUGCCCCAGACGGCGUUUGAGAUCUUCAACCAGAUGGGGUUGUAUGCGUCAUCAGAUGAUCAGAAUGGACUGCCUCUUCUGCCUAAGAGUUUCAUCAGGGCCAUACCUACAGGUCACAAAAUUAACAAGCCAGUUCCACUGUUCAAGAAAUUGGAGGAAAGUGAAGUUAUGAAGUUGAAAGAGAUGUACGGCGGGGCUCAACAGGGAAAGAGUCCGGGGGGCAAUACUGGCGGAGGGGCAGCGCUAGUGGGGGUGAAUGGGAAAAGUGUUCAGGAGUUGCAGUCUGCAAUCACAGAACAGGGAGACAUUGUGAGGAAAUUGAAAGCGGCGAAGCCACCCGACAAAAAGAAGAUAAGCGAAGAGGUGGAGAUUUUGAAAAAGUUGAAAUCUGACUUUGAGAAAGCGUCGAACGAGGUUAAGGAGGCCUCAAAAGAGAAUAAUGCACAAGCAGCUAAUCAGAAUAAAGCUGAGGAUUGUAUGCUGAAAUGUCCGUAUGCUGGCAUGUCCGAGGAAACGUUGAAAAAUAUGUGCACAGAACAGGGGAACAAAGUGAGAGCUUUGAAAGCAGCUAAACCUCAAAACAAAGCUGAAAUUUCGGCCCAAGUUGAAAUCCUGAAACAAUUGAAACCCAGUUGGUCGUUGCUAUGAAAGAAGAGGAAGAAAGGACGGCAACUUACGGAACGGGACCACCUGAUCAGAAUGGAAAGCAAUUGAUUGAUGGCGAUACACCUGGCGAUAAGGAUGUGAAAACGAACGUCACUGAAACGGCCAAGCAGUCGUCUCACCAAAGUAAAAGCCCGACAGCUAAAUCGGCCGCAAAAGAGGAACGGGAACCCGAGGUGUUAAAAGCGACAGUUGAUGAACAAAAUAAAGUAGCAGAAGCAAAGAAAGAAGAAGCUAAAAGGGUGGAGGCGCCACUGAGUCCUGGGUCCAACGAAAAGAAGGAUCCUUUGUCUCCUGAGUCAAGUUGUUCACAGUCAGCAUCUGCUUUAGAAACCAGCUUCAGUUCAACUACCAGUGGAGGCUCUUCGGCAACUUCGGGAACAGAAGGAAGUGCGAAAAAGAAAAAGAAACACAGAAAUAAAAAGAAGUGAAAAAAUGGUCAGCAAGUUGGAGUUUUCUACUAAAUACAAAUGAUUAAAGUGUUUCUUGGCUUAAAAAAUGUGAAUAAAUGCUUGUGUUGGUUACUACGAAUGCUUAAUGGUUCCAAUAACUAUGUGACAAUAUAUUUAAGUUUGUAUAUGAAA